AUGAAACCAACCCUACCCCUCACCCUCCUCUCUCUCCUUUUCCUCCUCCCCUUCCUCCCCCUCUCAACCACCCACCCAACCCCAACCUCCACCCAAACCACCCUACUCACCCCCGGAAACGCCACAAUCCACAACACCUGUCCCUUCCCCAUCUACAUCUGGUCCGUGUCCUCGACCACCAGCCCAAGCUACACCAUCACGCAAUACCAAAACUACACUGAACCGUUCCGCCACGACACACAAACCGGCGGCGUGAGUUUGAAAAUCACCACCGUGAGGGAUGGGCUGUACACGGGCUCUCCGCAAUUGAUCUUUGCGUAUAACCUCGUCGAGGAGAAAUUGUGGUUUGAUUUGUCGGAUGUUUUUGGGGAUCCGUUUCGCGGGUGGAGGAUGCCAGCUGCCAGGGAGGCAUGGACGAAGACUCGGAUUGCCAUUGUUCGUGAUGGUACUGCUGGAAUCGAAUGA